AUUAAGACCAAAGAAUUCAGCUCAGUGGUUUCAGGAAGUGUACAAGUUGUUGUGAAGCUGACAACCUUCCUUCUUAUAUACUGUCUAUGCAACCUUCUUAUUAUACAUCCAUGACAACAACCUCGGAAUCUAAAGUGAUGGCUGAACCCAGAAUAUCUUCCAUUGAUGGGAAGUUAGCUGAAGAAUUUGCCGUUCCCUCCCAUGUCGAGGAGGUCAAAGAGAAGAUGGCUGCUUUCGCCAGGCAUCAUGAUGCAGCGGGUAGCAGGGUGGUUCUCAUAACAUCAGGAGGCACCAAAGUUCCCCUAGAGUCUCGCACUGUUCGCUUUCUCGAUAACUUCAGCAGCGGCAGACGAGGAGCCUCCUCAGCAGAGUAUUUCAUAGACUCGGGCUACGCGGUCAUCUUCCUACACAGGCAUCGCUCCCUCUACCCCUACACACGGAUGUUCUCAACCAUAAACAUGCUGGAUGCACUGAAGUUCAGAGGUGGAGAAGGAGCAUCCAGUAACUCUGGUGAAGUGGUGGUUAACCAGCAGGUGCUUCCUAACAUUGCCAAAGCACUAAAGCGAUACCAGGAAGUGAAAGAAGGCAAACUACUUCUGCCCAUUGAGUUCAGCACUCUGUCAGAAUAUCUGCAUCUACUCAAAGCAGCAGCACAGGCACUCAGCACAAUAGGAUCCAAGGCCAUGUUUUACUUGGCUGCAGCUGUAUCUGAUUUCUAUAUACCAGCAUCUGAGAUGCCUGAACACAAAAUCCAGUCUUCCAAUGGACCUCUUCAACUCAGCAUGAACAUGGUCCCCAAAAUACUGUCCCCACUGGUGAAGGACUGGGCACCUCAGGCUUUUGUCAUAUCUUUUAAGCUUGAGACGGAUGCAACCAUCCUGCUGGACAAGGCUCGGCGAGCUCUGGACACCUACAGGCACCAGGCAGUAGUGGCCAACGUGCUGGACUCUAGACGGGGUUAUGUGGUGGUGGUGACCCGUGACACUCAGGCUGAGCUGAUAGUCACAGAGGAGGAUGUGAAGAAUGAGGUGGAGAUAGAGGAGAGGAUAGUGAGCAACCUGACAUCGGCACACAACAAGUUCAUAACUCAACAAGCGGGUUGACAGUUAUGAUCUAUACUGCAUGCUUGAGUGAAUGACACAGCUAUAAGUUGUUGUCGGUCCUCUUACCCGAUCCAGAGUUUAGCUUAAAUUAAUUUCCCUGUUCUGCUGACAAGUUUCUGUAUAUUCAGUAUGCUGUAUGGUUGCAAAACCUUAGGAGUAAUAAUUAACUAUAAACACAUGCCUUCCCUUGUCCUUUAAUGUAAAAACGCAUCUAAGCUUACAGUGCAUUCCAUUUACCUCGGAACUCGGAAGCUGGGAAUGACGUCACACCCAAGUUGAAUGCGUUCCAUUUAGAAAUCGGAUUUUCAUUGUUUUCAUUAGCUCUAGCCAGGUUAGCAAUGCCAGUUUAUAACAUACAAACAGUGUAACAUGUCCACAGAAUAUGGACAGCACUGCGUGUACGACUGAUUUAGUGAGACACAAAUAACACAGAAGUGCUUAUAACUGUAUAUUACUACAGGUUUCACAACUGUUGAUACACGGAGCAGCCAUGUUGGAUUUUUAUCUCAGGGUACUCUGUGGUUGCCAGAUAUCCAAGCUCGGAAAUCUGAGGUCAACGGGCGCGUUUCUGACUUUGACCUCGGAAAAUCCGACUUACGAGAACAAAUGGAACGCACUAGUAUAAUGGUGUCGCUGUACAUGGACAAUAUACCAUUGAAAGUUUAUUGAAUGUUUAUUCACAUUGCGCAAUGAUCUAGAACAGAAAUAAUAUUUUGAUGUCUUUUUCUACAACAGUAAAUGGCAUGCUUUACUACACACCUAUAAUAAACAUUUACAAGUACA